AUGCAGUCUACUCCAAUCAUCCUGGUGGCAAUCGUCCUCCUUGGCGCCGCCUUGGUGCGAGCCUUCGACGAGAAGGAAGCGCUGGCCAAGCUGAUGGAGACAGCCGAGGCCUGCAUUGCGGAGGUGGGCGCCAGCGACGCCGAUCUGCAGGACUUGAUCAAGAAGCAGCCGGCCAGCACGUAUGCCGGCAAGUGCCUGCGCGCCUGCGUGAUGAAGAACUUCGGCCUGCUGGACGCCAACGGCAAAGUGGACACGGAUGCAGCUCGCGAGAAGGCCAAGCAGUACACCGGCAACGAUCCUGCCAAGCUAAAGUUGGCCCUGGAGAUCGGGGACACCUGCAGCGUCAUCACUGUGCCGGAUGAUCACUGCGAGGCCGCCGAAGCCUACGGCGCUUGCUUCAAGACCGAGGCCAAGAAACACGGACUUAUGUAA